CUGUGACGCCGGUGAGUGAGUGACGAGGAAGAGGUCGACACCGCCGGCCGGAAUCGUACGUCGACGUGGGGCAGGCAAUGCUAAUGAUCUGGCAUGAGACGUCGUCGGCGGCGCCGCCGGCGUGGUGGUUCGUCUCGCUGGCCUUCCUCGGCGCGGCCUACGCCGCCGCGCUCACGCUGCGGGUCCUCGCCUACCUCGCACUGUGUGUUCGCCGCCCCAGGGACCUCCGCCGCCGCUACGGCGCGUGGGCCGUCGUCACCGGGCCGACGUCGGGGAUCGGCCGCGCCGUGGCGCUGGAGCUUGCGCGGCGUGGCGUCAACCUCGUGCUCGUCGACCUCGACGCCGCCAACCUCGAGGAGAUCGCCGGCACGAUCAGGUCCCGGCACGGGGUGCGGACCAAGGCCGUGGUGUUCGACCUCUCGCUCGUCUCCACCGCCAAGGGGGACGAGCCGCUGCGGCGGCUGCGGGAGGCCGUGGAGGGGCUGGACGUCGGGGUGCUGGUGAACAACGCCGGCGUGGGGAGGCCCGGCAUGAUGUUCCUGCACGAGGCCGACGUGGAGGCGUGGGUGAGGAUGAUGCGGGUGAACCUGUGGGCGGUGACGGAGGUGACGGCGGCGGUGCUGCCGGGGAUGGUGGAGCGGGGGCGGGGCGCCGUCGUCAACAUCGGCUCGGCGUCGUCGGAGGCCAUGCCCUCCUUCCCCCUCUGCACCAUGUACGGUGCCACCAAACGGUAUGUUGCCAAGUUCUCCCGAAGCCUACACGUCGAGUACGCAAGUAAAGGGAUCCAUGUGCAAUGCCAGGCGCCCUUCUUCGUGGCGACGAGGAUGGUGGCAGGCCUGGACGAGGACAUGCGGCUGUCGCCGUUCACGGUGAGCCCGGACGCCUACGCGCGUGCGGCGGUGGGAUGGAUCGGCCACGGCGGCGCGCUGUGCUCGCCGAGCGUCCGGCACCGGCUGCUGUGGUGCCUCACCGCCGCCGUGCCGGAGUCCGUCCUCGACUGGUUCGUCCUGCGCAGCCACCUGGCGAUCAGCAAGCUGCCAAAGCGCAUCGAAGCAUGGGAAUGAGCUACUCUAUCUCUUGCCGUGGAACUGUGCAUCAAAGUUUAUAUUAUAAGAUUUCUUGGGGUUAUCUAGAUUCAACCAUGCAUGUAUCAAUGUUCAUGUUUGGUAUAUGUGUCUAAAUGUAUUAGCGUAUGUAUAAAUCUAUGCAAGGCCAGAAAAUCUUAAGAUGUAACAGAUAUAAUAUCUAUUAUUUUGAACUGGUUAGCCUUUGCAUUAGUAAACAAUAAAAGUGAGCAACAUUGUACUAGUAUACAAUAGUGUACGAUGGAUGUCGUUGUUCCAUCGGAAUAUACAGGGGAUGUCUGGUUCAUUUGUUCACUUUACCACACAACACGUUAGCCAUGCCACAGUUUUAUGUGUUUGUUUUG